CGCCGUGAGGCGGUGGUGUGGUCCGGCCUCCGCCACUGUCCGGCUUCUGUCGCUCGUUCGCUGGCUCCCUCCCUCCCUCCUUCCCUCGGCCAUGAGGAACCUGCGGCUGCUCCGGGCCGGCGGGUGCCGCUCCGCUGCCGCCACGGGCACCCCGCAGUGCUUCUGCCUCGGCGCCGAGCCCGGCGCGGUUCUCGUGGGCUCCCAGUACGGGCUGGUGGAGCUGCGCCCCGCCGGGGACUCGGUGUCACGAGAAGUUUCCCUGACUGUGGAUGGGUUCUUGCCUGAAGAUGGAAGUGGCUGCAUCGUGGGUAUUGAAGAUCUUCCAGAACAGGAGAGUGUGUGUGUUGCUACAGCAGCUGGAGACAUCCUGCUGUGCAAUUUGAGUACAAAACAGGUGGAAUGUGUUGGAGGUGUGGACAGCGGUCUGAGUGUCAUGAGCUGGAGUCCUGACCAAGAGCUUGUUUUGCUUGCAACAGGUCAGCAGACACUCAUCAUGAUGACAAGGGAUUUUGAACCAAUUACGGAGAAGCAAAUCCACCAAGAUGAGUUUGGAGAAGGAAAGUUUGUUGCUCUUGGCUGGGGUAAAAAGGAGACACAGUUCCACGGAUCAGAAGGGAAACAGGCAGCACAUCGCAAACAGAUGGAAGUGUUACCGGCAUCAGCCUGGGAUGAUGGCAGGCCUCGGGUGACGUGGAGAGGAGACGGGCAGUUUGUUGCAGUGAGUGCUAUCUGUCCAGAGACAGGUGCUCGGAAGGUCCGGGUGUGGAGCAGAGAGCUUGUGCUACAGUCAACGAGUGAGCCUGUCUCAGGAUUAGAACAAGCACUGUCCUGGAAGCCCUCAGGAAACCUGAUAGCAUCUACACAAGAAAAGCCCAACAGACAUGAUGUGGUUUUUUUGGAAAAGAAUGGCCUUCUUCAUGGAGAGUUCACCCUCCCUUUCCAAAAAGGGCAGGUCAAAGUUAAUGAAAUGCUUUGGAAUGCAGAUUCUACAAUCCUGGCUAUAUGGCUGGAGGACCUGAAGAUGGAAAAGUCCAACCCAAACACUUACGUUCAGCUGUGGACCACAGGGAACUAUCACUGGUACCUGAAGCAAAGUCUACACUUCGGUAGCUUGGAGGAAAAUCAGUUGGUGUCACUGCUAUGGGACCGAGAGAACCUAUAUAGACUACAUAUACUCUGCCAGGGCUGGCAUUACCUCUUCUAUGACUGGCAUUGGACCACAGACCAUGGGCUGGGGGAGAAUAGUCAACACAUGGCAAAUGUGGCUGUUAUAGAUGGAGAUAAAGUGCUUGUCACAGCCUUCCAACAUGCUGUGGUGCCUCCACCCAUGUGUACCUAUGAGAUCCAGCUCCAGCAGGCAGUAAAUCAGGUUGCGUUUCACACAGAUCCCAAACGUAGUGGUGACAUGGCUGUCCUGGAUGCUAAUAACAGGAUUUCUGUGUACAGAUAUGGACAGAGAACAGUGAAUGACCCUUCUGUCAAGUUUGGAGCUGUGGAAGGAAAUGGUUUUAAAGCAACUGUGGAAACACCAUACUUGGAUAAAACCUACAGAGUCGAUGUGAGCAGCAGCAGCAAUGAAGUGAUGAAUCCUCUGGGGCUCCGAUUUCUCACCUGGCUGCCAGAUGACAGCUUCCUGGUUGUUGGUCAGGGUCAACAUGCUACUCUGUCUGUCCUUCACCAUCUGACUGCAUUGCCUCACAUGGCUGGGGCUGAAGAAGAGUGCCUGAAUUUACGGUUGUCAGUGCCUGUAGAUGGAGAAGUGAUCAGCCUGUACUGCAGCCCAGUGACCAAAACUGUAGCUCUGCAGCUGACUGAUAGGCGGAUCCUAAAAUACCUGUGGGAAGCUUCUACUCCAGUCCUUGAGCCCUGGCGGAGUAGCAGUGGCUCUGCUGUUCAGUUCCCCCACCGUUGUGUGCAGACUUCCGUCACGAGGAUCAGUGGUGAAGAGGUGAUUUUGGGCCUCACGGAUCGAUGCCGGUUUUUUGUUAAUGAUAUUGAGGUUGCUUCUAACAUCACAUCAUUCGCAACAUACAAUGAGUUUUUGUUGGUGACAACCAACUCGCAUACCUGUCAGUGCUUCUGCUUGAAAAACUUAACAGUGAAAGCCCUCCAGGCUGGCCUGAGCAGUACUGCUGCGCCCAACAGUGAGACCCUGCGCAAGGUGGAGCGAGGUUCACGCAUUGUCACCAUUGUUCCCCAGGACACAAAGGUGGUGCUGCAGAUGCCAAGAGGAAAUCUGGAGACCAUUCACCACCGUGCUCUGGUUCUUGCCCAAAUUCGGAAGUGGCUAGACAGGCUUAUGUUCAGGGAAGCUUUUCAGUGUAUGAGGAAGCUGCGAAUCAACCUCAAUCUUCUCUAUGACCACAAUCCCAAGGUAUUUCUGGAAAACGCAGAAACCUUUAUCAGGCAAAUAGAUUCUGUGAACUAUAUCAACUUGUUUUUCACAGAAUUGAAGGAAGAAGAUUUCACAAAGAGUAUGUACCCAUCUCUGAAUGGCAGCAGUAACAGCCAGCCACACCAGCAUCCUGAUCAGAAAAAAGUAAACCUCAUAUGUGAUGUGAUGAGAGUUGCCAUGGAACACAUUGACCCUCAAAAAUACUGCCUAUCGAUACUGACAGCACAUGUAAAGAAAAGUCCUCCAGAACUAGAAAUUGCUCUCCAGAAGGUUCACGAUCUUCGAGAAAGCAUUACUCCAGAUGUCCAAGCUGUGAGUGCAGAAGAAGCACUAAAGUACCUGCUUUUCCUUGUGGAUGUCAAUGAACUGUAUGAUUAUUCCUUGGGGACAUACGACUUUGAUUUAGUCGUCAUGGUGGCAGAAAAGUCUCAAAAGGACCCAAAGGAAUACUUGCCCUUCUUAAAUACCCUCCGGAAAAUGGAAACUAAUUAUCAGCGAUACACAAUAGACAGACACUUGAAGAGAUACACAAAAGCUCUUGGCCACCUCAGCAAAUGUGGUCCUGAACACUUCUCUGAAUUUCUGAACUUGGUGAAGGAUCAGAAUCUGUAUUCUGAGGCCUUGAAGCUGUACCCCUCUAGCACUCAGGAGUACAAGGAUAUCAGUGAUGCAUAUGGAGAGUACUUGAUUCAGAAGCAGCUGUAUGAACAGGCUGCAUUGAUGUUUGCUCGUGCUGGAAUCUUUGCAAAAGCACUUGAAGCUUUUCAGAGCAGUGGCAGCUGGCAGCAAGCCUUGUGCAUGGCAUCACGGCUUGGUUACACAAAGGAUAAGCUGUCCAGCCUGGCACGGAGCAUGGCAGGAAAACUAGUUGAACAGAGAAAGUAUGCAGAGGCAGCCGUACUCCUGGAGCAGUACACUCAGGACUAUGAAGAGGCUGUUCUCCUACUCUUAGAAGGGGCUCUUUGGGAAGAAGCUUUGAGACUGAUUCACAGGUAUGGUAGACUGGAUAUCUUGGAGACCAACUUGAAACCUGCUAUUUUGGAAGCUCAGAAAAGUCAGCUGAUCUUCCUAGAUUCCCAGAAAACAGCAUUUCUUCGCCAUAAGAGUCGCCUGCAAAUGGUGCGAGAGCUGAAGGAGAAGGCCUGUGAGAACCCACAGGAUUAUGAAGUGCCAAAUUGCCCAGAAUUGGAGCUUUUCUCUGAAACCAGCAGCGUUGUGACAGCCAGUGACAUGAACAGCAAAUACUCACACAGCAAUUCAAGAAUAUCAGCGCGAUCCUCAAAGAACCGACGCAAGGCGGAGCGUAAGAGAUACAGCCUGAAGGAGGGGAGUCCUUUUGAGGAUAUUGCCCUUCUGGAAGUACUGGGAGAGAGUGUUCGUGCUGUUGAGACUGUGAAAGGAGAGAUACACAUCCUUUUGAAGCAACUUGUGCUCUUUGGUUAUGAUGAGCAAGCUGGGGCGCUGCAGCAAGUCCUAGAAGAGGUUUUGCAGUUGAUGGAGACCUCCAUCCCAGAAAUCUGGACUCCAGACUUGCAACAGAGCUCUGUCAGCCUGGUCUUGGGACCCAAUUCAACUGCUAACAGCAUUAUGACUGCCUAUCAGCAAAAGAGGAUGAUGCCUCCUGUUGUACAAGAUCCAGAAGUACUGGCUCCACCAAAAUUAAAUAAAAAUCUACAAUGGAAACUGCAUCUUCUGCAGUAACCAGAAGCCAAGGAAUCCCUGUGGACUCUGAACUCUAAAUUUUCAUACCAUUUAAUUAUAUCUUUGCAGAAGCCGUUGCUGUUCUCGUGUUUCUGAUACACUGUUCUUGGGGCUGUGCAAGUGAAGGGUCCCUCCACCUUGUGCAGCUGUGACGGUGACCCAUGUGGUGUCACAUUUAUGGACACAGCCACUCGCACCCACUGCAGAGGCUUGUGAGGCUGGGGAACAAAAAGAUAUGCAGCUCUGAUAUGAAAACUGAUAUGAAAACUGCCACUGUUCCCCUCUUCUGGAUGAAGCAAUCCCACCAGUAUCGGAUGGGUUAUCUUCUCUGCCAUCCCUCCCUUCCAGAGUUGGUACCUGCCAUGAUGACAGGCCACAUUUUAAGCACAGCCUGCUUUAGAGAACUCGCCUGUAAGACUGUACCAAUAGCAAAUUGCUGUAGUUGCUAAAUGAAUUUUGUGUUUUCUCUGCUGAAUCUGGGUGUUGCUGAUACUAGAUUUUCAUCAUUGCUUUGUUGUAUCAGAGUGAAUCCUGCAGUGCCAACAACCAUUGCUGUAUUGACACUGGGCCCAUUCACACCGGAGAGGUCUUGGAAAACAAGAAUAAAAGCAGGGUGGAGGUGUUGGUGUCAGUCUGCUGGGUAAUACUACCCUAAUUAUCUGAGUUCAGAGAAGAUAGACUAAUGCCACUUUAUGGCACUGACAGAUCAGCAGCUGUACCCUGAUAAUGCUCUGCACUAUUGCAGAACUUGUCAUCUGGAAACUGGUCUUGUAUUGACAAUUAGGUUUUACCCCUGCAAUCUGAUGGGAGAAGUAACAGCAGCAGUUCUGGGAGCAGAGGAAGGAGACAAGGCUGGAAAUCCUUUCAGUGGUAGCAUCCCCUUAGUUAGUUUUGGCCAGGCAGCUGCAGUGUUCAGGCUGUUUCUGUUGGGUGCUGCAGAAAAACACUGCACAAACAAGGUGCUUUACUGUUGGUUGGAGGUGUUUAACAGCACAGCAGCGAGCUGUGUUCUGACUGCACAACAUGAGCACGUCCAGUGCUGCAGGUCAUUCUCUUUGUGUGGGAAGAACUCCAUCAGAUUGGGGCCAUUUGGUCUUGCACCAUGUUAUAAAUAAAAUCGACCAGAUUCGAUUUAUCAAAAAUUUAGAAUUUUAUUGUGAGACAAAAUAUCAGUCUCAGAAAGCCACAAUUAAAAGGACAGCGUCGAGCCCGGGAUCAGCGCCGGGUGAACACAGAUAUCAAGCUCUGCCAGCCUGGUAUCCCCCCAAGUUCACAACUUCGGUCUCCAGCCGCCCCUUUUUAUACACUAGAUCGCGGAGUGAAGUCCGGGAUUCUGACGUUCUUCUCUCCGAGGCGUCUUCAUUAAUCAUGCAAGUCCCGGUAUCGGGAGUCUGAAUGGACCGGUAGGGUGGAACAAUGCAGCUGAUGGCUGAGCCCGGGUGUGUCGUGGAUAUGUUAAUUUCGGCGGAGACGAGUAGAGAUAUCCAUCUGAAGUGAUUAUCUUGGUCUCCGGACUUGUAUCUCCGUUUUCCGUUGUCCUUUGUAUCCUUUCAGGGAUUCCCAGCAGCGAUAGUUUCUAGGCCCCCUUUCUGGUAAUUCCAAUCAUACUUUCCUCGUGUCCCUCCCGUGCUUCCCAAGCUGAGGAAAUUCUUUCAUUUUGGUUUCUCCAUUUUACCUUUACCCAUAUUAGUUUGAACACAUCUUUAACACUCAUAUUUAUACAGUGAACAUUUACCCUUUAUAAUUUGAUAACACGAAUUAACUUUAGCACAUAUAUCACACACCAUAUGUGGUGCUGUCUUGGGCUUGCUGGAGGGCAGUGGUAAAAAGUCUUUUGUCAGUGUGAAGCAUUGGAGCACAUCUCGUUUCCAGUUGUUCUGAGUUUCAUGGCCUGUUCUGGAUUGUGUGAGGAUGACUUAAGCCUGUUGUCAAAUAUUGAUUACAUGUUGGAGUCCAGGGCAUUCCUUUGGCUGCCCUGGAGGGUCAGAGACCUGGACAGGAGGGUCUGGGACCCUGGCCCAGAGCCCAGAGGGACAUUGGCUUUGAUCUCAGUCCAUGGGAAAGGCUUCCUGCACUGCGGGAAGGAUUGCAAGCCACAAGAGCAUGAAAGAUAGUAGUUUAGCUUAUCACAGGGUGAGAAAUAGUAGAUUUGGGUUUUUAGUAUGGAAGUGAAUGGGGGCAAGAUGGAGGAUUUGGGGGGUUGUGUCCUGCUGCUUCUUUCUUCUUCCCUCACUCCAUUUUCUGCAGUGACGGCAGCACAAAGUAGUUGUUGAGGGUUAAGUUUCCUGUAGAAUUUUUCCCCCCCAUAAGUUGCUAGGGGACUAAAUACUGAUAGUUAAAGGGUGCUCACCCCGGACAAAGGAAGUUGAUCACUUAGUUUUGGGGGAGGGAAAAAAGCUCCCGGGAGCAGAGGGUGGAGGGCUCACUGCUCUUGGUUUUCCGGGGAGGACGGUUGGGCUACUGGUAGCUGCCUGGAGUCCACGGCUAACGGAGGAGUCUGGUCCUGGGAAUUCUACCAUCUGUUGGAGUGCCCAGGAAUUCGGAGUUUCUCUGCUGCCCUGCUGGAUUUUGGGUCAGCCCGGGUCCAGCCGCAGCAUCUUCUCCAGCACUGCUCACUUUGCCUGCCAGGACACCCCCUGCCUGCCGAGGACAAUCUACCGCUUCCAGCCAUCAGCACCGGAGCUUCCACCAUUUGCCCCCGGGGUUCUUGGUUCUGUUUUACUAUUAUUAUAAUUGCUGCUGUUGUUUGUCUGUCCUGUUAUAUUUACUAGUAAAGGACUGUUAUUCCUUUUCCCCAUAGCUCUGACAGAAAAGUUUUUUUUUAGUCUUCCAGAUUAUAAUAACAUGGAGGGAAGGAUUUAAUUCCUCAUUCCUAGAGAGGCCUGCCUCUCCUUAGCAGACACCUGUCUUUUAAAACCGAGACAGUAGUUUAAAGAGAUUGGGUCAAAGUAGAGAUGACCUGUUCAGUAUAAGUGAUAGGUAUUGGCAAAUAAUGAUAAAUAAAGAAUACAUAGCAAUUAGUAUAAAAGAUA